AUGUCCUUUCGAGUUAGAAGAAUUGGGGGACUAUCAGGUGCGCAGAUUGCUCUAGGAGUCUUUUUAGGCGUCGUUGGGGGCUACUACAUUUGGAAGCCAGUCUUCACCACAGAAGCUCCUAAAGAAAAAAGCACUGUCGAGGUGUCAUCUAAGUUAUUUUCAACUGUACAAGCCAUGGGCAAAACGCAACCGCAUGAGGGAGAAUGA